GUUCCAUUGUUUCCGAUUCCGACCAACAAACCGAACAUCUGGGAUGGAGCAGCACUUCCUUCUCGAUCAAAGCCUCCGUUGUACUUUUGUUGGCACAUCAGUUUCUAAACCGGCAGUUUAUAAUUUCAGCCACGUCACCCAUGCUCUCGGACUUGGGCUCCACCCAGCAUGUUAGAAACUUGUGGAUGAUAACUGGAUAUGGCGAUUUCUGGAGUAAUUCUGCAUCGCGCCGGCAAAAACCUUUAUCUUCGCUUUCACUGUGGGCUUCAGCUACUUUCUCCACUGAAAGCUCUAAUCAACCUGGAAGCAGCAAUGGCGCCGACCUUCUUACAUUGAGAGCGACAAGGAGAAAACUAAAUCUCUCACUUAUUGGAGUGACCCUGGUUCUUAAUGGGUCAUGGCCAGUCUGGUCCAGAACCGCCAUUUUGGCCGAAGAGGAGUUAAAGCUUGAAAGAUAUACCGAUCCCGAACAAGGGUUUACUCUGCUCAAGCCGCCUUCUUACGCCAAGGUGGAAAAAGCAGGAGCAACUGUUCUGUUUGAGGAGAUGAAGAAAACAAGCAACAAUGUUGGGGUUGUGGUGAGCCCAGUUCGUCUUAGUACCCUUACUGAGUUCGGGACUCCUGAAUUUGUUGCUGACAAGCUUAUCCAAGCGGAAAAGCGCAAGGAGAGUACAAAGGAGGCAGAGGUAAUUUGGGCGAAGGAACGAUCUGGACGUGGAGGCCUACCAGUGUAUGAAUUUGAGUAUAGAGUUGACAGUACGAGAGGAGGGAUUAAGAGGAUCUUCACGGCUGCAUUUGUUUCCUCUAAGAAGCUUUACCUCUUAAAUAUUGUCCAUUCCGACAACCCGGAGAAUCCACUUGAUGGUGGUACUAGGGUGAUGUUGGAAGAAGUUCUUCAUUCAUUUGACAUUGCAACUGUUACAUGACUUUGUAUUUUCCAUCAUUGAACCAGAAUCUCUUAGCAAUGCAUUCUUUGGAUUCGUUCUUGGUAUUCACAUUGAGAUUGGUUCCUAACUUAUAUUGUUAAGGAAUAAUUUAUGUUUCUCUUACUAAUG